CCCUGGUCUGCCAGCGGAGUUAAAGGAAGGCUAACACAUACGGGAUGCGUGCGAUGUGUCCUUAAACAGAACUCGCUCUUCACAACCAAGGGAAAACUGAUUUUUUUUAGAUUGUGUUGUGAUUUAAUUGAGGAAGUAUCUGGUUAAAGAUUGAGAGAAGCAAUAACUGUUCAAAUCGUAAAAACGAAAGAACUAAAAAUGGUUUCCGCUGGUUUGGAAAUAAUAGGUUUGGCACUGUGCGUUAUCGGCUCGCUGCUGGUGAUGGUGGCGUGCGGACUGCCCAUGUGGAAAGUGUCAGCGUACCUGGAGAGCAACAUCGUGACCGCGCAGACCAGCUGGGAAGGGCUGUGGAUGUCGUGCGUGGUGCAGAGCACGGGCCAGAUGCAGUGCAAGGUGCACGACUCGGUGCUCGCGCUCAACACCGACCUCCAGACCGCGCGAGCUCUCACUAUCAUCUCCUCCGUGCUGGGGGUGCUGGGGCUCAUGGUCACCAUCGCCGGCGCGCAGUGCACAAACUGCAUCAAAGCAGAAACCGUGAAAGCUCGGGUGGUGAACUCCGGUGGAGCCAUCUACAUCAUCAGCGGGGUGUUCGCCUUGGUGCCUCUGUGCUGGAUGGCCAACAACAUCAUUUCGGACUUCUACAAUCCUCAUGUCCCGACGUCGCAGAAACGGGAGAUUGGGGCCGCGCUGUACAUCGGAUGGGCCGCCACGGGCCUGCUGCUGAUCGGCGGGUCUAUGCUCUGUUGCUCCUGUCCAGCGUCAGAUAAUUCCUCAUAUUCAGUCAAAUAUGCGCCUACGAAAAGAGCCACGCCGAACGGGGACUAUGAUAAAAGGAAUUAUGUGUAGCUUUCACGCUGACACCAGUUUAAUUACUGGCUACCAGUUUCACCUUUUGAGAUAAAAAAAAAUAUGUUCAACGUUUUGCACCUGAAAUUUGAACUGAAAAUUAUGUCAAGUUUUACAGUUCAGCCAACUCGCAUUUUAGUAUAAAUAUUACGGAGACCGUCGGAACCUGCUUACAGUAGACAUGUUUUGAAGACAUGUUUUGUCCACCUAUAUGUCGAGGAAAAUGCAUGUAGUAGAGGAAUAACAGAAACACAUAAGUUUGUAUUUUAGGUACCUGCAUUUCCAGUGCAGAGCGUGAGUCAUUCAUGUUUAAUAGAACUUUUGUUGGAUUUUAGCUUUAGUGUUUUGAAUUGUUUACCUUUGUACAAACUAUUCGAGCUGUUUCUUUUCAUAAGGGGAGGGAGAGACGCUGAAAGUAUCUAUAUACGCUUCAUUUCAUGUGAAUUUGUCAAAAACAACCAAACCUGAAUACACUGCACAACUUCUCGCAACAAACUGAUAUUUUACACGAAUUUUCUGAGAAUGAAAUAUUGUGUCGAUCCGUAACGGAGCCCACGGGCUGAUUUUCUGUGCUCAGGAUUUCCCUCCAAAGGUCUAAUGAGUAUCCAACAUCGUUGCGAUCGAGACAGAAACAUGAAUUCACAGUUCAGUAUAAACCUCAGGUAUGUUACAGAUAACGAGGAAUACAUAUUUUCUUUGACAAAAAUGUUUUAAAGUAAUAUUGUAGAAUUAAAACACACAUACAUUCGUGUUUAAAUUGGGAAUACAAUACAGAAUGUGUUUUAAAAAAUAAACAAUUGAACUCUGUUGCCUGUAGCUUAGCUCUUUCCAACAAACUGCAUCCUGUUUCUCUUCCGGAAACAUUUAUUUUUGUAUCUGACAAAAGUUAUGCUGUACUUCAGAUUCAUUUGGUUGUGGUGUUCUUAUUAUACUUUUUUUUUGUUUUUUUUAAUAAACACACAUUGUAACGAUC